AUGAGGCUGCCGGUGACUCUGCGCCAGCUGGCGGCGCCAAUUGCCUCCGCCCGGCCCGCGCUGCUGACCAGCCGAGCCCGUCUUGGCUUCUCCGCCCGCCGAUGGUCGUCAUCCGCCGCAGGGCAAGCCUCGAAAAGCAUAACGGUAGACGGCCGGACAUAUGAGACAGAUGAGUGGAUGAACACGCCUUCGAGCAUCCUCGCUUCUGUUGCCCGCCGGUUGCAUCUCCAGCCAGAUCAUCCCAUCUCCAUCACGCGCCAGCUUAUCGAGUCGCGCUUCCCGGGCUACCGGAAUUACAAUGAUCUCUUCCCUGUCGUCAGCGUGCAUCAGAACUUUGACUCCCUUGGCUUCCCCGUCGACCACCCCGGCCGCAACCGCAGUGAUACCUAUUACAUCAACAAGAACACCGUCUUGCGCACCCACACCUCGGCACACCAAGCCGACAUCUUCCGCGAAAACGCCUCUCCUGGCUAUCUCAUCUCUGCCGACGUGUACCGCCGCGAUGCUAUUGAUCGGAGCCACUACCCGGCCUUCCACCAGAUGGAGGGCGCCAUGACUUGGGACAGGAACCAGUUGGACGGCCACGCUACUCUGGCCGACCGCAUCUGGGCAGAUGUCGAAAAGCUCCCCAAGCACGACAUCAACGUCGAAGAUCCCAACCCCACUACCCAUCCGGCGCGAAACCCCCUCCAGCCAGAACAUGAUGCUGCUCCUGUGGACGCCGUCGCUACCCAUCUGAAGCGCAGCCUCGAAAACGUCGUCGUCGAGAUCUUCGCCCAGGCCCGGAAAGCUGCCGCUGGGCCAACAGGACUCGCCCAAGAAGCCGAAGAGCCUCUCCGCGUCCGCUGGGUGGAGGCAUACUUCCCCUUCACCUCCCCGUCCUGGGAGCUCGAAGUCUGGUGGCAAGGGGACUGGCUCGAGGUCCUGGGAUGUGGCGUGGUCCAACAACCCAUCCUCAACAACGCUGGCGUCCCUGACCGCAUCGGCUGGGCCUUCGGCAUCGGCAUCGAGCGCAUCGCCAUGCUGCUCUACUCCAUCCCGGACAUCCGCCUGUUUUGGAGCAAGGACCCCCGCUUCCUCAGUCAAUUCAAGCGCCCUGUCGAGGAUGCCAUCGACGAGACAACCGGCCUCAGGGACUGGGGCAUCGGCCGCUUCCAGCCCUUCUCAAAGCACCCGGCCUCGCCCCGGGACAUCUCAUUCUGGCUGCCUGGCAAGGUACGCAGGUCGGAUCCAAGUAAAGCCUUGCCCCCCAGCGGUAAAGGCGGGCUUAUUGCGGAGCCGCAGGACGGCAUGCCGGCGUUUUACGAGAAUGACAUGAUGGAGCUCGUGCGCGAGGUCGCGGGUGACGUGGUCGAGGAUGUGAAACUGGUCGACGUAUUUGUGCACCCAAAGACGCUGCGCAAGAGCUUAUGCUAUCGCAUCAUAUACAGGAGCUUGGAGCGCACCCUCACGGGCGAGGAGGUGGGGGAACUGCAAGGUGAGGUGAGGAAGCGGCUGAUCCACAAGUUCGGCGUGGAGCUGAGAUAG